GAUCUUCACGUUAGUUGAACCACGUGAAUGUAUUUGCUGUGGAUGUUGUCAAUACAUGUCUAAUCAUGGUGGAAAAGACUAAAUCAGUGGAAUUAUCACUUAAACAUCUCACGAGCAAGAAUUUCGGAAAAAUACCAGAGAAUGAGAAUAAGCAUUCAACUACUUUUUAGGAGAAGGCCUUGAUUCAGUCCUUGCUGAAUUUGAUAAUGUGGAGUUUACCCUCGGUGAAGAUGAACCUGUUUCUCUGUCGAUCUGUAAGUAUUUCUUACCUUAUCUUCGUUAUGCACUAGGAAAUAAUUUGUAUCCAAGAGAAUGCAUAGAGCGGGGGUCUUCAUAUUCAGCUCCUUUAAUGGCCACUAUUAUGUGCACAUACAAUGGCAAUGCACUGUUACCAAUCAGGCUGUCACUUGGAAAUGUUCCUAUUAUGGUUAAGUCCAAGAAUUGUCAUCUCAAUGGACUCACUCCAGAGGAGUUAGUUAAACGGGGAGAACUGGUUAAUGAAACUGGAGGUUAUUUCAUUGUGAAUGGUGCUCCAAAGGUAAUGAGAAUGCUGAUUGCCAAUCGCAGUAAUUAUCCUUUGGCAAUGGCCAGAGAAAGCUGGAAAAAGAGGCUAGAAGGCCUUACUGAGAAGGGUGUUUUUAUGCGCUGUGAAGCUGUUUUGAUCAGUCAUGUUGUGAAUAUACUGCAUUAUCUUAAUACUGGUGAUGCCAAGCUGCAAUUUAUAUUAAGGAAUCAAGGGUACUUUGUACCUCUUGUCAUGGUGUUGAAAGCCUUGAUGGACUUCACAGAUCACCAGAUAUUCCUACACCUGAUAAGAGGCAGGGAGUCAGAUAAAUAUUUUAAAGAGAAAAUCAAGAACAUGAUGCUUGGCUUGCAGCAUGAAGGUCUCUAUAACCAGGAGAUGUGCAAGAAGUACAUCGGGAAAACUUUCCGCCAUAGGUUAACAUAUAUUUUCCCAAAUUGGUUUACUGAUGAGCAAAUCUGUGAACAACUGUUCAGGCGGUGUGUGUUGAUUCAUAUCACAACUAAUGCUCAAAAGUUUGACACCCUCUGCAUGAUGGCAAGGAAACUAUAUGCAUUCGUUGCUGAUGAAGCAAAAGUAGAAAAUGCUGACAAACUUAGCAUGCAGCAAGUAACAAUUGGUGGUUAUACUCUCCUGCAGUUCACAAAGGAAUUAUUGACUGACUAUCUUGUAAAUGUGAAGUUUCGUAUGAUCAAAAUGAGGAAAAAAAAUGGGGACACCUGGAAGCUAUCUGAUAAGGAUUUCCGGGAUAUGGUAAUUAAAGAAAAGAAGGUUGGACCUGCUCUUCAGUAUCUAUUAGCAACUGGAAAUUUGCGCUCAAAGUCUGGUUGUGGUCUUAUGCAGACUACUGGAUUAGCAGUUUUCAUGGAGCACCUAAACCGCAUGCGAGAUCUUUCACAUUUAAGAUCAGUACAUCGAGGAACUUACUUCAGUGAAAUGAAAACUCUGGAACCUCGUCGAUUGACUGGAGAAGCAUGGGGUUUCAUUUGCCCUGUGCACACUCCUGAUGGGGCUCCAUGUGGUUUGUUAAAUCAUCUAAGUCAAGAUUGUCUAAUUGUAAAUGAGGUACAUAAAGACAAGAAGAAACUUCUGCUAGUGCUUAUUACUCUUGGAAUGAUUGGUGUAAACGGUCAUCCACAUGUACCACAUGAACAGUGCUUAGAAGUUGUGCUAGAUGGUGUGUUUGUUGGAUAUAUACCUUAUGAGGAUGCCGAAUCCUUUGCACAGAAUAUAAGGCUAAUGAAGAUCAGUGGUGAGAUCUUUAAGUAUACUGAGGUAGUACUUCUGAAGAGGAGGAAAUAUGGAGGGCAGUAUCCAGCGCUCUUUCUUGCAACAUCCCUUGGGCGAAUGAUGCGUCCGGUCAUCAACCUUUCUACAAGGACUGUGGAAUAUAUUGGUACAUUUGAGCAGCUUUAUAUGGAUAUUGCUGUGUCACCAGAAGAUUAUGAAGAGGGGGUGCAUACACAUAUGGAAAUAAGCAAGACCACUAUACUAAGCAAUAUUGCAAAGUUAGUGCCAUUUUCCGACUGCAACCCAAUACCUCGAAACAUGUACCAAUGUCAGAUGGGCAAGCAAACAAUGGGAACUCCUUUCCACAACUGGAGAAAGCAGACCACUUCAAAGUGUUAUCGGUUGCAGUACCCUCAAGUUCCUCUAGUAAGAAAUUCACAUUACGAUAAUAUAAACAUGGAAGAAUUCUGUAUGGGAUUUAAUGCAAUUGUUGCAAUUUGUUCUUACACGGGUUAUGAUAUGGAAGAUGCCAUGGUUAUAAACAAGUGCUCUAUGGAAAGAGGUUUAGGUCAUGGUCAGAUAUACAAAUCAGAAUUCAUUGAUCUAACCCAAAGCACCACCGUAUCAUCUAACACACCCUUCAUUUACUUCAGAAGGAAUCCUGAGACUCCUGACCUUGACAAAAUCUUGGAUCAAUAUGGCCUUCCAUAUCCUGGAACCAAGCUUACAGAAGGUGAUCCUUAUUAUUGUACAUACAAUGUUCAGACCAGGAUUUAUAGACUAACAAAGUAUAAAGGAGAAGACUGUAUUGUUGACAAGUACUCAAUAAUGGGAGCAAGUACAACAAAGUAUGACUUCCAGCGUGUCAAUAUUACUCUUCGUGUUCCAAGACCUCCCAUCAUUGGUGACAAAUUUGCCAGUCGUGCAGGACAAAAGGGUAUAUUGAGUAGAUUGUAUCCAACAGAGGAUCUUCCAUUUUCAGAAAGAGGAAUUAUUCCAGACCUCAUGUUUAAUCCCCAUGGCAUGCCUUCACGUAUGACAGCAGGUGUAUUGCUUGAACUUCUAGGUGGAAAGGCAGCUGCUGAAUUUGGCAAAUCCUUUGACUCAUCCCCCUUUGAGUUUUCCGAUGAAGACUGUGCUGUAGACUAUUUUGGUAAAAUUUUGGAGAAAGGUGGUUUCAGCUAUUAUGGUGAAGAUACCCUCUACAGUGGAACUGAUGGACGAAUGAUGGAGGCACAAAUUUACAUGGGUGUUAUUUAUUAUCAGAGACUCCGUCACAUGACAGCAGAUAAGUGGCAGGUAAGACAAACUGGUCCAAUUGAUAUACUCACCCGCCAACCCAUCAAAGGACGCAAAAAGGGAGGUGCUAUAAGAUUUGGAGAAAUGGAACGUGACUGUCUGAUAUCUCAUGGGGCUUCAUACAUGUUGCAGGACAGGCUUCUAGGAUGUUCAGAUGCUCAUGAGGAAUGGAUAUGUGAGCAGUGUCAGGAGUCUAUGUCACCAAUUGUAAAACUGGAGGAGACUACCUAUCACAUUCGAAGUAGACUACCAGUUUGUGCACUUUGUGGACCAUCUGCCACUUUGCACAAGGUUACAAUGCCUUAUGCCUUUAAAUAUAUGAUAGCUGAAUUGGCAUGUAUAGGCAUCAGUGUAAAGUUUGGGAUAAAGAAACCUGAGAAGAAUAAUUCAAAACAUCCGCAAGUGUUGGUGAAUGGGGAUAUGAAUGAUACAUGUGUAGAAAAUGGAAUUGAUGAAUAACAGGAUGUAUAACAUGCCUCCCAGUUAGUUGUAAUGACCAUGUAUAGUGGUGCUAGCUGUUUUCUUCUCAUACUAGAACAGGAAUCAUAAAUUGCCAUGCAGUGUCCCUCAGAAGCUCAGAAAUUGCUGUGGUACCAGUAGUACUUAUGUUGCCAAGUGAUAUAAAAUUCACUACUAGUUAUUAAUGAGAAUUUUAUUGGCAAGUUCUUGAUAUUAAUUUUUAAUUUUUGUAACUGUAAAGGAUAGCAAUUGUGGCUGUGUCUAUGAGUAUCUGUAAAUAAGUUCAAUAUAUAUCAAUGAAUGAAAUGCCAUGGGAAAAAAGGAUUUUUGGCAAUUUGUUUUGUUUGUUAUUGCAAUCAGCUAAAUUUAUCAUUUAGGGUU